AUGACGUCUACCGGGCCUCUAUACCUGGGCUUUGACCUGUCAACCCAACAAUUGAAAGGACUCGUGGUAGACGGCAGUCUGAAAAAGGUCCACGAGGCUAAGUUUGACUUCGAUGCCGACGCCAAGGGGUUCAACAUCACCAAAGGGGUACUUGUCAACGAAGCCGAGCAUGAAGUGUUUGCACCUGUGGCGAUGUGGCUGCAGGCCAUUGAUACUUUGUUAGCCAGACUGAAGGACGACGGCCUCGACUUCAAGAGAGUCAAAGGUAUCAGCGGCUCGGGGAUGCAGCAUGGUAGUGUGUUUUGGAAUGCCGAUGCAGAGCGACUGUUGGCUCAGCUCGACCCUCAGAAGACACUACAGUCACAGCUCGACGGCGCUUUUGCUCACCCAUUCAGUCCGAACUGGCAGGACGCCAGCACCCAAAAGGAGUGCGACGAAUUUGAUGCGGUACUGGGGAAUGAGCAACAGCUGGCAAACGUCACGGGAAGCAAAGCACACCACCGCUUUACCGGUCCCCAGAUUCUACGGUUUCAGAGAAAGUACCCUGACAAAUACAUCAAAACUUACAGAAUCACACUUGUGUCGUCGUGGAUUGCUACCGUGUUCCUGGGAAAGUUCGCCCCCUUUGACAUCUCCGACGUAUGCGGCAUGAAUCUCUGGGACAUUAAGGCUGGGAAGUGGCAUGAAAAACUUCUCGAGCUCGCUGCUGGUCCAUCCGGCGUGGAAGCGCUCAAGAAAAAACUGGGCGACGUCCCCGACGACGGCGGUAUUCAUCUAGGCAGCGUAUCGGACUACUUUGUGCGCCGCCACGGCUUCAGCUCGGACUGCACCAUCAUCGCGUCCACGGGGGAUAACCCGUCGACGAUCCUCGCUUUGCCGCUGAAGAAGAACGACGCCAUCGUGUCGCUGGGCACGUCGACCACGUUCCUCAUGAGCACGGCAGAGUACAGACCUGAUCCCGCGACGCACUUUUUCAACUCUCCCACCACCCCCGGGCUGUACAUGUUUAUGCUGUGCUACAAGAACGGCGGGCUGGCGCGGGAGAAGGUGCGGAACGCAAUCAACACGGCGCGAACUGGCGAGGGAGACGCAAACUCGUGGACGGCGUUUGACGAGAACCUACUCUCGACGCCGCCGUUGGCCCAGGCCGACCCGAGCAAGCCGAUGAACCUGGGCUUGUACUUCCCCCGGCCUGAGAUCAUCCCGAGCCUGCCUGUGGGCGAGUGGCAUUUCGAGUACGACGCGGCUUCGGGCGAUCUGAGAAAGUCCGAGGGUGUUCCGCGGUCGCCAGAACAGGACGCCCGGGUCAUCGUCGAGAGCCAGUUCCUCUCGCUGCGGCUGCGGUCGAGAGACCUCGUCCAUUCGCCUGCGCCGGGCCUCCCGCCGCAGCCGAGGCGCGUGUACAUGGUCGGAGGCGGCAGCCGGAACAAGGCCAUCGCGCGAGUCGCGGGAGAAGUGCUGGGCGGGUCCGAGGGCGUGUUCAAGCUCGACGUCGGCGAGAACGCCUGUGCGCUGGGUGCGGCGUACAAGGCCGUGUGGGCCAUCGAACGCGCCGAGGGGGAGACGUUUGAAGAUCUGGUCGGCAAGCGCUGGAGGGAGGAGGAGUUUGUCGAGAAGAUCGCCGACGGGUACCAGCCCGAGGUGUUUGAGAGGUACGGGAAGGCAUUGAAGGGCUUUGAGAUGAUGGAGUUGAAGUUGCUGGAGGAGAGGAAGGAAGGGAAGCUGGAUUGA